AGAAAAAGUUUAAAGCAUAUACACAUCAAAGAAGAACCGACUAGGAAGACAGAAGGCAACACAAGUUGGUCAAGCCACCAAUCCAUCCACACGAUGCUUCCUCGAACCUAGUUUGAAUAAGACCUUCUAGAGACCCGGCCCCAUCAUCACCCACACAUAUUCCUCCACGUGACAUCUACUCCCUUCCAUCCAUCCAUCCAUCCAUUCAUCCCCAUAAUCCAACGCACGUGAUCUCACCAUGGUCCUCCUUUGACCUCUCUCUCUCUCUCAUAUAAAUUUAUAAGCGUAUGUAUGUGUUCUCAAUUCUCAUAACUUGCACCUAUAUCUUACCACCAGCACCAGCACCACCAGCACCACCACCACCACCAAAUAUAAAUAAUACCUUCAAUGGCCAUGAGCGACACCAGCUCCACCCCUCCAGACUGGGCACAACUCUAUCACCGGAACAUGUCCGUCAUAACUGAUCAAACAUCACCGAACAUGUUCGGCAGUGGCAGUACCGGUCUGGCUGACUCAACCAUAGUUACCAGUACUGCAUCAUUCUCUAGCCAAACAAUUUCACAAAAAACCACCGGAGGACCUAUUUCCAACAUCGAAGGCCGUGUCGGUAAAUCCCCUCGACGACGUUCUCGAGCUUCCAGAAAAGCCCCAACCACUCUCCUCAACACUGACACUACCAAUUUCCGUGCCAUGGUGCAACAAUUCACCGGCAUACCUUCUGCUCCUUAUUCUUCAUCUGCAAUCCAAACUAAUGGACCACCUUUUAUCAACUUUGGUCUUGGUAUUAAUGAUACCAUUAAUUUCACCAAUCAUGCUCAUCAACCCCACUACUUCAACAACAACAACAACAACAACAACAACAACAACCACCACCACAUAAGGCCUCAACAACAACAACAACAACAUCAGCAAGGUACAAUGUUCAUGCUUGAUAAUAUGACCAGUAGCAACAAUAAUGAAGGAGGGUUUUUCUUGGAUGUUCUUCCAGGCCAAACAACUGCACCACCAAGACCUGCCUCUUCAAAUGGUUUUCUUUUUUGAGGUACUUCCUCACAAGGUUUGCUUGAUUAUUAAUGUAUUAAUUAGUUUUUAUCAAGAAGCUGGAAGAGAUUGAUUGCUGGUUUGAUGCACAUGUAAAUAUUAUAAUGUUAUUUAUAAAACAUGUGUUGUCUCUCUUUACCGA